AAUGAAGUCAUGCGCUCCUUGUAGGCUAUAAAUACAGAGAGAAUGAACUACUUGCUUUAAUAAACUUGUGACUGCUUGCAAGAACAAAGCUCCUAUUGGGCAGCAGUAGAACAUUGACAUUCGCAGCAAGAUGCAGUUGAUUCUCAUUACUUUUCUCUGUCUGUUGGCGACAAAGACUCUGAAAGCUGAGACGGACGUGGAGGAAUAUGAAGUCCUAAACCGGCGUCUCCUAGGGUUACUGGGUGGUGGUAGUGGGACAGAAGGGGGUGACAAAGGGAGUCUCCUUGGUGGAUUACUGGGCGAUGGGGGUCUGUUGGGCGGGGGGAAAGGUCUACUUGGUGGGUUGCUAGGAGAUGGGGGUCUGCUGGGUGGGUUAUUAGGUGGGGGUGCCGGUGGUUUACUCGACCCCGUUAGUAAACUUGUAAAUGAUUUACUCGGACCUAUAGCUGAUCAACUGCUGGGGCCGGGGGGUAUCUUAGCCGGGCUUGGCUUAGAAAAGGGUCUUGUUGGUAACCUGGUGAACACGCUCUCGAAAACCCUCGGCGUUGACUUGAGCGAGAUCAUCGAGAUCAUCGGGAAACUCCUGUGUCUGAUUAAAAAACUGGGACUCGGCGUCGUCGUUCAGCUGGUCAAGACGCUCAAGCUGGAUGUGGCGUUGUCCCUGAAUAACUUCCUGUGUUCUGCCAACGGGUCCCGUUUGUUUGAUGCUUCUGUUAACGCCACAGCGACGAUCGCGGGGAGCGACUGUCUCCUAAACACAGUCCAAAAUCUCGUUAGCUUGGAUGUCUUUCUCCCCUCCCUCGCUAGUAUAACCGGAUCAGGCCUUAACGAAAAAUGCAAAAGCCCGGCUGGGAGUUCCCUAAUUAAAGGAGUUUUUCAGCUUUUCGGUAAAACCCUGAACCCAGAAUUAACGAAAAAAAUUCUCGUCCUCCUCAACGCUAUCGACCUAAGCGACUUAUCCGUGUCGGUUCCGAAGAUUCUAAAAUCUCUUGAAUGCUUGACCAAAGUCUUCAACACUGACGUAAAACUAAACUUCCUGGUCGAUGUUCUUGGAGCCGUUGGCCUCAAGGCCGUCAUAGGCCUUGAAACUCAUUUCUGCGACGCGACCGACGCCAGCGUUAAAGCUAGCGCUCUUCUGAAGCUGAACGCUACGGUGGGGGUCGACCUGGUGGGGAAGUUGGCGAAACAGCUGGGAUUCGGCACUGUGGUUGAGAUCGCCGGCAAGGUGUUCAAGGAACUAGGGGAGAUCAGUCUUGAGGUCCUGCGAGUUGUGUUGUGUAUGGUGAGCAGUUUAGGCAUCGAGGCUUUCCUCGACCUGUUUAGAAACCUGAACGUCGGCGCGAUUCUUGGACUGUCCGGCAUCGUCUGCAACAAGCAGGGGGAGCCGGUGCUACUCAGCGCAGGGGCCACCAUCCUGGUUGAUUUUAUGAAAAUGUGCAAAGGACAAGUGACUGCUCAAUGCUCCUCACAAAUUGAGAUGGCGCUCAGCGUGAAUCCGUGUGAGGACGUCUGCAAGACCUGCAAGCAACUGUCUGGUUUCAGUGGGUACCUGCUCGCUGCCAACUUCUGCUUGGCCAAGUGCAGUACUUGUCCCCGCUUUCUCGCAGGAUGAACAGCAGUGAAUAUGAACACAUCCAGAGAGAAAUGUCUCUUAACAAGGUCAUAAUGGCCGCACACGCCUUUGUAAAAUUAGAUGGAAAAAUAAUUGAAUUGUCAAUAAAUAUUGUUAAUAAAUAUUGGACCGAGUUUUGAGUCAAUAAAUAUUGGACU